AUGACGGAAGAGGAGAAACAAACUCAGCAAAGCCGGGAGAACGAGCCUCAAUUUCAAGGCAAUGAAGAAGAAGAAGAAUUCAUCGAUAUCAACGAAGGAGAAGAAGUUUACGAUGACGAUGAUGUAAACGCGCAAGAGCCAGAGGAAAUAGAUGAUGGCGAUAACGAUAUGAACGGUGAAGACGGCGACGAGGAGCAUGAGACGCUUGAAAUUGACAUGUCCAACAACUCGUGGACGUUUUUCGACAAGCACACCGAUAGUGUAUUCACGAUAUUCUCACAUCCGAAAUUGCCCAUGGUGUUUACAGGUGCUGGAGACAACAAGGGGUACCUAUGGACUACACAUUCGCAGCCUCCCAAAUUUGUCGCGGAAAUCGCGGGACACGAAGAAAGCAUCAUAACUGGGGGUUUUACCAGCGAUGGGAAAUUCUUGAUCACGGCAGAUAUGAACGGUUUGUUACAAGUUUUCAAGUCAAACAAGAGUGGAGAAAAGUGGAGUAAAUUUGCCGAGUUGAAUGAAGUUGACGAAAUCUUGUUUGUCACUGUGCAUCCCUAUCUCCCCUAUUUCGCGUUUGGAGCCCAGGAUGGGUCCAUCUGGGUCUACCAAAUUGACGAAGAUUCAAAACUGCUUGUGCAAAUCAUGUCUGGAUUCGCACACACUUUGGAAUGUAACGGUGGUGUGUUUAUCCCUGGUAAAGAUGAGAAUGAGUUGACUUUGGUGUCAAUCUCGGAGGAUGGCACCGUUGUGAACUGGAAUUGUUUUACUGGCGCGGUCAACUACAAACUACAACCACACGAUGAUUUCAAAGGCGUGGAAAGCCCGUGGGUGGUUGUGAAAAACCAUGGCAAUUUGGUCGCUGUUGGCGGCAGAGACGGCCAGUUGUCGAUUAUCAACAACGACACGGGCAAGAUUGUCGUUUCAAUCAAGACAUUGGACAAUGUCGAAGAUGUCGCCGAGUUGUCUAUCGAGGCUUUGAGCUGGUGUCAAAGCGACAACAUCAAUUUGCUUGCCGUGGGACUAGUCUCUGGCGAUGUCCUACUUUUUGACACUCAGCAAUGGAGAUUGAGAAAAAACAUUAAAGUGGAUGAUGCAAUCACGAAAUUGGAGUUUGUUGGUACUACUCCAAUCCUAGUUGGCUCGUCGAUGAAUGGCAAGAUCUACAAAUGGGACGCGAGAACCGGCCAAGAGUUGUAUGCCGGCGUUGGCCACAACAUGGGAGUGCUAGAUUUCACGGUGUUGGAACAAGGGAAAAAAUUGGUGACUGCUGGUGAUGAAGGGGUUUCGUUGGUUUUUGUCACUGAGUAA